AUGUUCCCUGGCCUGCGAGGCCAGGCCGCAGUGGACAUGGAGGCACCGGGCUGCUUCGAGCAUGGGAGCGCUGAGGCCGACCUACAGCCUCCGCGAUCAGGCGACCGUAUCAGCAGUGGUCAGCCAAGGCCAGCGAGUGAAUGCAUGUAUCCUGCUGGUAUGGACUUUCCUCGCGAAGCUGGGAUGGUGUUGGUUCCGACGAGGUUUGUGUGGCCUUAUGGUGGCAGAAUUGUGUAUAUCGCCGGCUCAUUUACAGGGUGGACACAAUGGCCGAUGACACCGGUUGAAGGUUGCCCUACUGUGUUUCAGACGAUUUGUAGCUUGCCGCCUGGUUUUCACCAGUACAAGUUUAUGGUUGAUGGUGAAUGGAGGCACGAUGAGCGCCAGCCUUUCAUUAGUAGCAACAUUGGAACAGUGAACACUAUCCUCUUAACUAGGGAACCUGAUUAUGUGCCUCCAGUGCUGGGCUCAAGCAUGGAUGUUGACGAUGCCUUCCAGCGCAUGGUUCGUGAGUCAGAUGGAAGAUCUCCGGAGGCCUUUCCGACAUUAUCAGAGGCAGAUUUAGAGAUAUCCAGGCACCGUGUUGCUGUAUUCAUGUCUACACACAAGGCUUAUGAGUUGCUACCUGAGUCUGGAAAGGUAUUGAUGGUCCUUUCUCUUUUCCUAUUAAUUUUCUGGCUGAGCUCAAUGUAUUUGGUUGAUUUUGUGCAGGUUAUUGCUUUGGAUGUUGAUUUGCCUGUGAAACAAGCGUUUCAUAUUCUUCAUGAACAGGGUAUCUGUAUGGCGCCCUUGUGGAACUUCGCAAAGGGAAAAUUUGUUGGAGUUAUCAGUGCAUUGGACUUUAUUCUGAUUAUGAGAGAGCUUGGCAGUAAUGGAUCCAAUUUGACCGAGGAAGAACUUGAGACACAUACUAUAUCUGCUUGGAAAGAAGCGAAGUCUUAUCUGAAUAGUCAAAUUGGUGGACAAGGAGGUUCCAGACAGCUUGUGCAAGCUGGGCCAGAUGACAGUCUAAAGGAUGUUGCUUUGAAGAUACUGCAAAAUGGUGUGGCCACUGUUCCCAUCCUUUAUUCGUCUUCACCAGAUGCCUCAAACCCACAUCUCUUGCAUCUUGCUUCACUUUCUGGGAUAUUAAAAUGUAUUUGCCGAUUCUUUAAGCAUUCCCCGAGCUCAUUGCCAAUACUUCAGUUGCCAAUCUAUGCAAUUCCGUUGGGGACGUGGGUUCCGAAAAUUGGGGAGGCAAAUCGACAGCCACUGGCAAUGUUGAGACCAAGUUCUUCGCUUAGUGACGCUCUAAAUUUACUAAUUCAAGCACAAGUUAGUUCAAUCCCGAUUGUUGAUGAUAACGACUCCUUGUUGGAUGUUUAUUCUCGGAGUGACAUAACUGCUCUGGCUAAAGACAAGAUCUAUGCGCAUAUUAAUCUUGAUGAAACAACUAUUCAUCAGGCAUUGCAGUACAGGGAUGACCCAUUUUCACCAUACGGGUCCAAUACCCAGAGAUGUUUCAUGUGCUUGCGUUCUGACCCUCUACAUAAGGUUCUAGAGAAAUUAUCUCAACCAGGGGUGAGAAGGAUUGUUGUUGUUGAAGCUGGAAGUAAGCAUGUCGAAGGAAUCAUUUCAUUAGGCGAUGUUUUCCGGUUUCUAAUGGGUAGUUAA